AUGGAUGAAACCCUGUUGAGUUAUCUGCUAGUUUUACUGCAUGUUAUAUCGUACUCUAAUGCUCAAAAUCAAAAUGCCUGCAAUAAUGCUCGCAGUGCCUCGCUCAGAAUUACUUGUCAGCAAAUCAACAAUUGGGCUGCACAAACCAGGAAUGUCGCAGUACCUUCGAUAGCGACCGUCUCGUCCCCGGGUUUUGCUGGUUUAGCUGGACCUGUAGCUAUCUCAUCGGUAGCGACAUCAACUACACCAACUUCUGCUUAUGACUGUAUGGAUAUCGCAUGCUUAUGCGGAUUUUUUGGAGGGACUGGAGGAGCCAACUGCGUGCUACCGAAUGGUCAGACAUUGGCGAAAGCCACUCGUAAGGAAUAUCGUGUGAUGACGGAUGAUGAAAGGCAAAGAUAUCACACAGCAAUGUGGAGCAUAAAAGGAAAUGGAGAUUACGAUGCUAUCUCUGUCAUACAUUCUCAGUUUGCAACAUCUCCUGGAGCACAUUCUGGACCUGCUUUUCCACUUUGGCAUAGAGAAUUUAUCAAAAGGAUGGAGAUAGCGCUUCGCCGAAUCGAUCCCACUUUGGGUCUUCCCUAUUGGGACUCUACCCUUGAUGAGACACUUCCAUCUUCCAGAGAUUCUGUACUGUGGGGAAAUGAGUUGAUGGGCACACAAAGCAGUGAUGGAACAGUUCGCACUGGAGCUUUCAGAAAUUGGACAGUUGUAGAUGGAUCUCGUGUUUUGAGGCGAGAUAUCGGUGCUGUUGGUGAUUUGUUAACACAAAGUGAUGUAUCCGCGCUGUUAAACACAAAUGACUUCCGACAGAUUCUAGCUUUCACAGCACCACAGCAAAGUUGCCCAUUCCCAGCAGAUUUUUCUGCGUUGGAGUAUACCCAUGGUGCUCCUCAUGUUUAUACUGGAGGAGACAUGCAGAUUAUCACAACCGCCGCAAACGAUCCAUUAUUUUUCAACCAUCAUUCCUUUAUUGAUCUAAUAUGGGAACAAUGGCGCUUGACGAAACAGUCACGAUCCGAAAGGGAAACCGUAUAUCCACAGGAUAACUUAGCUUGCAGUAGUACUGCUCAUUUUCUGAACAAUACCAUGGCCCCAUUUUUUCCUAUGACGAACCGCGAUGGUCUAUCGAAUCAGUACACAGAUAAUCUCUACCAGUACGCGCCGCGACCAACUUGUUCGUCUGGCAAUUUGAAUGGAUGCGGAUCGAAGUAUCUGUUCUGUGACGUCUCACAUGGUCCACCGCGAUGUGCAGCGAAAAUUGUCCUAGGUGGAAAUUGUGGUGGAUACACAAAUAAUGAAGAUCGAUGCUAUCUUGGUCAAUGCACAAACAACAUCUGCACCAUGAUUUCAACGCCAAUGCCAACCACACAACCACCUAUUAUCACAACAUCAGCACCAACAGGCCCUAGACAGGAGACUUGUUACAAUGAACAGCAGUGCUGCGCGCCGUGGGCAGCACGUGGAGAAUGUUCCAGAAACCCACUAUACAUGAAUACAUGGUGCAGAGCGAGCUGUGCCAUAUGUACACCAAUAACCUAUGACUUGAGUGUGGAGUGCUCAAAUCGCACACCAAGAUGUAUGGGUUGGGCGAGAAUGGGUGAAUGUCGUAAUAAUCCUUCAUGGAUGUCGGAGAAUUGCCGUCUAGCAUGGACUACAUCUUCGACCGUAACAACUACCACUACUUCUACUACGUCUACGUCAACCACAACAUCACCGAUAACCCCACAACUAAAUACUACUUGCAUAAACCAACAUUAUUGCUGUAUCGCAUGGGCAAGCCGUGGAUAUUGCACUACAUCCGACUUUCGUGAUUACAUGGCGUUGUAUUGUCAAGCUGCGUGCCUCGUUUGCACCGGCUCACCAUUUGGAAGCAUUUGGAAUACACAAGUAUGUAAUGAUGGAAAUCAAUCGUGUCGACAAUGGGCGGCACAAAAUCAGUGCAGCAUAAAUCCAGCGUACAUGUGGGAAAACUGCAGGCAAUCUUGCAGUGCUUGCAACAUUGGCAUGCUACCCGAACGUCUGCGAUCCUGUGGAUUUUCGCGACGUUUGACGAGUCGUCGUCGCCUCAUCUCAGCAUUCCAAAUCUCUCCUGUUUCACUGUCACCCCGUAGGUCUUCGCUCUCUCGACGAACAUCGUCUCUAGCUCCAGGAAAGCAGGUACGGACCGUAAAACGGACACGGAAACCCAGUAGCCCUUCAAAUAAUCGGCACGGACCCAAUCAGUCAUUGAAGAAGGAGACAACCAUUGAAGAACCGUCACUGAGAAGUAACACCUUUAAAUCCUCCCGACGUCGAUUGUCUUCAAGAAAAUCCAAUCCUCAAGGAUCAACGCGUCAUGUGAGAGAUCUAGUUGUAUUCGCCGACAUCAUUAUGUAGCCUUUUGGGCAAACUUACGGGGUUUUUCCACAGUCAAUAAACAAGUCAUUAUU